GAGCCUGGGGCCUCAGAAGAUCUUCUCCUGAAUUUCAUGCAGGCCCUCGAAGAGCGAGGCGUUCAGCUCUAUGAAGCGCAGGAGGAGGCUGUGGUGGAGAUCUUCUCCGGCGCCCAUGUUGUGCUGGACACCCCAACGGGCAGUGGCAAGUCUUUGGUUGCAGUUGCCGCCUUGUUUAAGGCCCUGGCUGAAGGAGGCAAAGCCUACUACACGUCGCCGACCAAAGCUCUGACGAGCGAAAAGUUCUUCGACCUUUGCCGUCACUUUGGGCCCGCCAGCGUGGGAAUGGCCACAGGCGACAUCUCCCUGAACCAGCGGGCACCUCUGAUUUGCUGCACAGCUGAAGUUCUGGCCAGCAUCGCGCUGCACGAGGGUCCAGCAUCCCGGAUCACCGCUGUGGUCAUGGACGAGUUCCACUAUUUCGCAGAUCCUGACCGGGGCUCUGCCUGGGAGUUGCCUCUCUGGCGCCUCACGGGCCCUGGGUGCAAUACAAGCUUCCUGCUGAUGUCCGGCACACUGGGGGCCAAUGACGGGCUAUACCGGACUUU